CUUCCAGUCUGCCAGUGUGUCACAGUAUAUUGUCGGAUCAAGCCGGAAUCACCUGGGCAGGAGUGUGCACGAAGCACAACCGGAAGCGGAACGGGAGGUGGAAAGCGGUGAACCGCCAUCCCACCACUUGUAGGUCGAACCAGGCGUGCAGCCCCCGGGGGCCAGACUCGACAGACCAAUCCGGAAGCAGCAGACCUUGGAUCGAGCUGAAGAGGGAGGGCAGCGAGCGAGAACAGGAUGCGACGGGACCAAGACAUGCUAGUGCUCCCAUCAGAAGCGCCCGAGCUGUCCAACAAAGCGCUGAUCCCUGGAAGGCAAGGGCACGAGUCAUGCCCCUCGACCUGGAGCCCAGGUCCUGCUGCGCUGUGCUUAGAUGAAGCCGGUGAGCAUGUGCCGUGCGCCACAACCUCUGGUCUAGGCAAGCUCGGCCUGCUUGGCAAGGGCAUCAUACCACCAUCAAGGCUAGUCACCCCGCACCCACCCAAUCGCCAAAACCCUGUAUCGCCAGCCCCUAUAAGGGCAGGCUCGCUAGGGCCGUCGCGCGAGAGCACCGGUGGCGAUCACAAAUCACCCGCCGCUCAAACACCAGGAACUAUGAUUUUCACCGACCUAUAUAAGUCGCCCCGGUCGACUUUCAACAAACUCCGGAGUUCUCUGCCUCACGGUGUCCCGCCGCCGCCCGACAUCGAUCCAGAUCUUGUCAGCAGAGACAAGGCCAAGCAGAAGGAGGCCGUGAAGAGGCACCUCGCUGAGAAGAUCCGCAAUGAUUGGGAGUUUACGUGGCCGCCUGUGGUAGCUGCAGCGGCUGCCACUGCAGAGCCUACGAUUGCUGCACAGGAUGGAGUGGUUCCCCCAGUGACGGAGGGGGAUGUCACCAAUUUGACGCCAGUCCCAGAAACAGCAGAUGGAGAUCCCCUCAGGGAUGCCGGGGAAGAGGCCGAUUCAGAUUCGGAUGCAGAGUCGACAUACAGCACCAUCUCGGAAGACCCUGAGCGCUUCCGGCCUCGCGCAGAGUGGACUUCAGACCUCUCCGACAAUGACGAUUUUCAUGUGCCUACCUCUCCCUUCCGUUUCGACAGCCCAGAAGCCGUUGGUGCGGCUGUGCGCGACUCCAUUGAGUCCAAACGAGCUCAGCGGCGGAAGGCGGUUCGCGAGGAGGCGAAAUGGAACCCGGGGCUGGCAUGCUUUGAAGCACGUCGCAACGCCUGGACAGGUGCAAGGAUUGUACGAGUGAAGCCGAAACCGCCAAACGCAGUAUCUCCCACCUCCGCUCGCCGCUUCUUCUGGCGCCAUUCCCGGACAGAGUCCACAGUCAUUUCCAGCUCCCCGCCGAGUCCUACAUCUCCUCUUCAGCCCACAGCAACCCGCACAUCGACUACAACUGCCUCAGAGUCGGAUUCAGGAAAGAGCGCAACAUACGUGCAGAAAACGGCCUCCCACAACCAGACCCCAUCCAUCCCCUAUCCCGUCGAGACCGUCAUUCCGAUUCCUCCCCCACUCCUGCCACCGCAAAACCCAAUGCGUGCCUCGAUACAGCCUUCGAUGUACGGAUCGCUCUACGACAAGGUCGUGGUCCAAAGCAUGCAGCCUUCUUGCCCGGUCAAUCUCUCCGAUAUGCUACGAGCCUGCGUCGUGGGCUGGAAACGAGACGGCGAAUGGCCGCCGAAGUCGAGCUACCCGGCCCCGGCUUCCUCCCAGACAGCGGCAAUCACCAUGCGGCAGCGUAAGGCGCAGCAGCAGCGCAGCAAGAAUGCUGCUGCGAGUGCGUCAGCAUCGGCCGCGGGGAACGGAUCAGGGUCGAGGAGGCUAAGUUUGGUUGGCUUCUUCAACGGAACUAGCAGGUCGGCGGUGACGACGCAGGAGGUAAAGGAUAAAGAUAAAGAAGGCAAAGAGAAUGGCCUGGACCGUUCUCAGUCUCACUCGUCCGAAAGUGCCGGCUCUCCAGGCAAGACCCUAUUCAGAAGGAGCUUGCACCGGGUUCUUUCCCUGGGUCAGCAUGGGCAUGGAGCUCAUGGCAGCAACGGGAACGGGGAGGCGAACGGUGCGGGUAUGCCGCUGAGUCCUACAAGUCCGACUACCAAGGAAGGCACCGCGGCUAGCUGAUGUCUCGGCGGGUCUGCACUGUGGCGUGCUGCGUCGUCCGCACGCCUGUUCCCACUAAACAUACUACUAGUACUUUACGCAUAUGUUUUGCUGGACUCCCGCUCGGCCGUCAAUACGACUGGUAAUGAGACGUGCCGUACUGGUUUGAUACCCCGGUCAUUUGCUAUGAGUUUAUAUGGUGCUGGGUUGGAGGCAUCAACAGGAUGUGAAUUAAAUAGAAUUACUCGGACUC